UUCCAAUAGGUAGCUCAGGUCAGCUGCUAAUCCAUCACAUUGCCAGAUAGCGUACAAAAGUCAAACGAUUGUAAAUUUGAUUUUUCUGAUCAUUGAAUGAGAAAAGUCGAAAAAUCAGAAGAGAAAAGUCAUGCUUAUCUUAUCUCAAUCAAUUUUCAAUUUUAUCUGUCCAAUCCCAAUUGUUUGUCACCAAAAGUCCUGCUUAUAAUUAUUUUUUACUAAGGUGAGUGGAAUAAACAGGAGAGUUUGGCGCGUGGAAGGAAUCCCAAAAAACAAUUCUAAAAAAUUCUGCAAUCGUGGAAACAGUUUUAGUGGAGAGUCUUUCUUUCUCAGUGAAAGUUGUUUUUCCACACGAAGCAUAAAUUUUUUUACAUAAUUCUCUGUUAUAUAUAUAUUUUUUGUUUUGAAUUUUCAAUUGGAAUUCUGGGAUUUGUUUCCAAUUAAAUUUGCAAUCAACAGCACAUGGGUUAUUUAGAGUUUGUCACAAAAAGCGUUCUUUGAUUAGAAGUUUGCCAUUAAGAUUAUCCACCGCAACUAUUCGAGGAGUGGAAACUUAGGUUGAGUUCUUGAUAUGGAAUUAUAGAACGACAAUUGAAUUGAGUCAGUGGGAAGGUUUUUGAACUUGAUUUUCUCACCUGUUGGUGGUGUGGGAUUAUAAUGUACCAAGUACCGGUAGUUUUAUAUGGGCAGUGGACAUAAGUAAAGGAAUGGGAGGUUGCUGCUGUUGCUUUUCUAAAGGAGUUGAAAUAAAUAAUGCACCACCAUACUAUUAUUACCCCAGAGCCUCAGAUGAGCAUGGGCCUUUAUCUUCUCACAGUGGUGCUGCCUCUGCCUUCUCCACUGGACUCCUGGUUGACACAAAUCUGCAGGUAUCAUUUCCUGAUGCUUUUAGACCUCCUCCUCCUCCAAUACCAUUUGAUGCAGUUUUAGGACCUCCUCAAACUCCUUCAGUAGCCCAAGGAAUUCAUAACAGUAAGAGUGAUGAGGUAGUGCAAACGACAAAUGUUGAUUCCAGUCAAGAAACGGUUGGUGUCAACAUUCGAGAGACUUCUAUAAAAUCUGAGGACACUAAGGAACCCGACUGCAAAACACAAUUCAGUACUGAAAUUGAGUCACCAAAGGGGCUAGAAGUUGAACUUUCAAAACAAGUUGAAUCAAUUGUGUCUAUAAAGGAGGAGGAGGAUGUUUGUCCAACCUGUUUGGAAGAGUAUGAUGCAGAAAAUCCAAAAAUUAUCACAAAUUGUGAGCAUCAUUUUCACCUUGCAUGUAUUCUUGAAUGGAUGGAAAGAAGUGACACAUGUCCUGUGUGUGAUAAGGAAAUGAUUUUUGACCUACCCGCUGAUUAGUUUACUGGUGGUGGACUCAGCUUUAGCUGCUUGAAAUUAAGUUUGUUGCAGAGGUUGCAGCUUACCGAAACAUCAGAAUUUCAGUUUUUACUUUUUCUCGCACUCAUCACCCCGAAUAUUUAGUGGCUACUGCAGAGUUGGCUAUAGUUUGGUUUUGGAUUUCUUUCUCUUUUUUUCCUUCUUUUUUUGGGGAGUCAUACUCAUGCCUAUUGUGAGCGUAGUAUCUUUUUGCUUUUAUAACUUGAAACUUUUGAUACCAUUUCAAAGGUUAAUACUUGAUUUACUGUGCAUUUCCCUCAAUGUUUAGACCAGCAUGUCAUUAGUUUCAACGUUUCUUCAUCAGUAAGCCAGUGCCCGAAGUUGCAUAAAAAGAGGGAAUAAGAAGCUGCCAUGCCGGUUUGUAGUGCCUUCUUUGUCCGGAAAACGUGCUAGUUACCCAAAGCAGCACAUUAACUCUUUUUUCUCCAUAUAUAUUUCUUUCCAUGGGUCUGCAAACUCAGAUCCUGCGAACAGAUGUUUCCUUUACCUCCCUUGGUUAGAUUGCUUCUGCAAAUGGCAUAUGGUUUCACUUAUCUCCAGUUCAUCUUAAUGUGAAAUUGUUUGAUGGUGAUGGAUGUACUAGUUUUGUGAUCAGUUUAUGAAAUCCUUAGAACGACGAGAAUUUUACAUUUGUAGAGAAUCUCCUUUUUAUUUUUAAAAGACAGAAGCAAUAAAUUGAAUAGGCAUUUUGUAUGUCACAUGAUUGAUGUAUAUAAAAAAAUUAUUUUCACAUCAAAAUUUCAUAAUUGUUACAUUUGUAUCAAAACAUAUAUCUUCGUUACUCAAGUACCUCUUGAUCAGGGUUGAAUCUGAAGGGAUGAAAGUGCAUCUGUCUCAUCAUUCAAAGAUGGAGACCAAAUACCUUUCCAUGUUUCAAUGAAGUGCUUGAGAAAUUGAGUAAUGCUACAGUGUCAACAAAAUAAUAUUCAAGCUGAGAAAAUCCUUCUAGGAAGAAAAGAAAGUCAAAGAAACUUGCAUGAAUUUUUCCACCAAACCAAACAACGGUUAAUGUUUAUUAAGAAUUUUUAAGUUUUAAAAUUAUUAAUAUAAUUAAACUAUUGCAUUAUAUACAAAUUUUUAUAAAAAAUUUCAAUAUUAAAUAUUUAAUUGUUUAGAAAAACAUUACACAAAUCCCAAAAUGAAGUGCGAGUUGUUAUAAUUUUUAAUUAAUUUUUACUUUAAUUAUAGGUUAUGGUGACCUAGUUGUUUAAUUACUUUCCAUUUUUAUAAUAACAACCAAUUAAUAUAUUGCUUAGAUUCUUUCUAACUUGCCACGUGAACAAAAAAAUUUCUCAUUUAUCCUGUUUUUUUUCUUGAUUAAGCAUGUAGAUUAAUGUAAACCACCUUAUUAUUUUUAGAUUGGACAAUCAAAUUACUAACAAAUACAACUGAUAAAACAAAAAUAAUACUAACAUACCAUAAAAUAUUAAAAUCGAUAAAAAAAAAAAAAAAGAACAGGAGGUUGGUGUUAAGGUUACAAAUAUAGGCAAAAUAUACCGUCUUCUAGGGUAAAAAAUGAGAAAGUUACUGGAGUUGAUAUUAGAAUUACUGCGGUGACUACCAUCUAUAUAAACUCCUGGAUUCACUCGUUGAUGUCCGAACCACUUUUGGGGUUGCUUUUCUUUGUGAAGAAACCUCAUUUCCUCCUGUUUUUCCUCUUUCAAGAGUCCCAAAGACCAAAAA